AUGACGACUUCUGCUUCGAAAACGGCAUUGGAUGGACAUUCAGUUCACACUGUGAAAUCUGGCACUGGCACUACUGCUGGUAACGAGGUUGAGCGUGAGAACAAUGGGUUCGUCGAUGUUCCAAAAAAGCCAUUCUCGGCUUACAUUAGUGUUUGCAUUCUAUGUUUGUUCAUUGCAUUCGGUGGUUUUGUUUUUGGCUGGGAUACCGGUACGAUAUCUGGUUUCAUCAACCACACAGAUUACAAAGACAGAUUUGCUGAGCUACGCCCAGACGGUACUCACAGCUUCUCUGACAACAGAGUCGGUUUAAUUGUUUCUAUUUUCAACAUUGGUGCUGCUAUUGGUGGUAUUAUCUUGUCUAAGCUUGGUGACAUGUACGGUCGUCGUAUUGGUUUGAUGAUUGUCACCUUGGUUUAUGUCGUUGGUAUUGUCAUUCAAAUUACUUCCAGCACUAAGUGGUACCAGUACUUCGUUGGUAGAAUUAUCUCUGGUAUGGGUGUUGGUGGUAUCGCUGUCUUGUCACCAAUGUUGAUUUCCGAGACUUCCCCCAAGCACUUAAGAGGUAUUUUGGUUUCUUCUUACCAAUUGAUGAUUACUUUGGGUAUCUUCGUCGGUUACUGUGCUAACUACGGUACCAAGAACAGCUACACCGACUCUUCCCAAUGGAGAAUUCCUCUAGGUCUAUGUUUUGCAUGGGCUUUCUUCAUGAUCUUAGGUAUGAUUUUCGUUCCAGAAUCCCCACGUUACUUGGUUGAAGUUGACAAGAUUGAAGAGGCCAAGAGAUCUUUGGCUAGAUCCAACAAGGUUCCAAUGGAUGACCCAGGUGUUCAAGCUGAAUUAGACAACAUCAGAGCUGGUGUCGAAUUGGAAAGAAGAGCUGGUAGCGCCACCUGGGGUGAACUAUUCUCUACCAAGACCAAGGUCUUGCAACGUGUUAUUAUGGGUAUGGCUAUUCAAUCCUUGCAACAACUUACUGGUAACAACUACUUCUUCUACUACGGUACUACCAUUUUCAACGCUGUCGGUUUGGAUGAUCCUUUCCAAACUUCUAUCGUUUUGGGUGCUGUGAACUUCGUCUCUACCUUUGCUGCUUUCUACAUUGUCGGUAAGUUCGGCAGAAGAACCUGUCUACUUGCUGGUGCCGCUUUCAUGUGCGUGUUUAUGUUUGUCUACGCAAUUAUCGGUACUGUUGCAUUAUACCCAGAUGGUGAGGACAUGCCAUCAUCUAAGUCCGCUGGUAAUGGUAUGAUUGUCUUCACCUGUUUCUUCAUCUUUGCUUUCGCUACUACUUGGGCUCCAGGUGCAUACGUUAUUGUUUCUGAGACCUUCCCAUUGAGAGUCAAGGCCAAGGGUAUGGCUAUCUCUACUGCUGCUAACUGGAUGUGGGGUUUCUUGAUCAGUUACUUCACUCCAUUGAUCACUAAGGCCAUCCACUUCAGAUACGGUUUUGUAUUUGCUGGAUGUCUAUUAUUCUCAUACUUCUACGUCUUCUUCUUCGUCCCAGAAACCAAGGGUCUAACUUUGGAAGAAGUCGAGGAGAUGUGGCAAGAAGAUGUUCAACCAUGGAACUCUGACAGCUGGGUCCCACAAGCUGUUAGAAAGGCUGACUACGAAGCAGGUGUCCUAGCUAAUGCUCAAAGACCAUGGUACAAAAAGCUCUUUUGA